ACCUCAAAUGUAGCCAAUCAAUAGCUUUUGUUUUCUGCUGAGAAAAAAGAAAUGAGACAUCGGGCCAAACCAAAACAUCUUACUCCUCCCAUCAUUCUUGAGUCUUUUUCCUUCAAAGUGAGUACCUUGCUUUAUGUGCUAAGAAGUGUAGUCUCGCUGAACAGUUAACAUAUCUUUCUCUCCUUGGAAUGUCCUCUCCCUUCUUGAACCUAGAUGGAACUCCUCUCUGUGAUCCCGUUCUUGGCCACGGCGGAACAGGAGUCGUCGUUCGACGAGGUGACAUCGCCGUCAAGCUGCCAUUGAGGUAUAUUGGUGAUAACGACGAUGAUACCCAAGCGAACUGUCUUGUCAUCAAACAUGAAGAAGAUGUGUAUCGACGGCUACAGGAUUGUGAUGGUGUUGUGCGUUGCUUCGGCUUCCCUGGAUAUUGCAUUCAAAUGGAGUUGAUGGAAAAUGGAGAUCUUGCUACAUAUCUGAAGAGACAACGCCCGGUGCAGUCCCUUCAGCUCUCAUGGUUUCGGCAAAUGGCUCAUACACUUGUUCACAUACACAACCGUUGUGUUAUAGUGGCAGAUAUUGCUACAAAAAAUUUCGUUCUCAACGCCGACCUCUCCAUUAAAUCCUGUGACUUCACUGAGUCCUCUAUUCUGCCCCUUGGUUCUGACAUGGAGCGCGCCGACGACCAUGGUUACUCAAUUUACACGGACAUUGGCCAAUUGGGUGCUGUGAUAUAUGAGGUUAUAACCGGGCAGCAUUGCGAAUUUGAUCUGUUUAGGGAUCAGCCAUCGGGGCCUGCCUGCGCAGCCUGGCCGCGGCGGGAGAUUCUCCCUUCCACCAAGAAUGUUUGGCUUGGUUCAAUCAUUGAAAAGUGUUGGACUAAAGGUGCAUUCCAGAAUGCGACAAGUCUACUGGCUGCACUAGAGUUAGUCUCUCUAGAUUGUCCACCCGAACAUGAAAAGAGGAUACAUGAACAUUUAGGGUUCCAUGUCAACAUGUUUGAGAUACGGCCCCAUCUCUCGCUUCCACAGGCGAGGAUGCUUGACAAAUAUUUAUCACAUGAGAAAUUAAAUCAGACUCAGCAACUGAACUGGGCGCGGGAAGCUGCUGCUGCUGUCUCAUAUGCACAUUCAAAGCAUGUCCUUAUUGGUGGUUUUGCCGCACGAAGUUUCCUAAUUGCAGAUAGGCAAACACUCAAAUUAUGCCACUUUGCAAACUCUCGCAUCGUUCCUAAAUAUCUAAAUAUUGACAAAAUCAAUGAGGACGGUCUAUCAGUCAAGUAUGACAUAGCCUGUUUCGGUUCCCUAAUCUACAACAUUGUUACAGGAAGGAAGUUCGAAGUUCCCAUCUGUCAACUAUCCAAUUCUAGUGUGCAGGGUUGUGGUGAGGAUGCAGCAGUUUCUGAAACUAGGGACUACACAAUUCCACGACAAAUAGAUAAAGGCAUACAUGGAGAGCUUCCUAACACAGUGGGCGUAUUCAUGGGCAAUGUAAUCCGGGACUGUUGGGAUCAGGACGGGUAUCGGAGGAUGGAAGAUGUCUGUAGCGCACUCUCUGAGCUCUCAGACCGCGAUCUCUCGGGUUUAGUCUUAAGAACUAUGGCAGGAAGCAACUCCGUACACUGCUCUUUGCAAUCUAUGUUGACGGUGAAGAGCCGGUUUUGCCCUCAUUUAUUUCAUCUUUGUUUCGUCCCUGUGGUUGCAGUUGUGGCUGUCUCGCUGAUAUUUCUUGUCCUACAUUGAGCUUUCUACAAAGCAGCCAGGCCUGACUUAUGAGAAGCCGGACAGAGAUUUGAGAUACAGGACAGAAUGGGAGUCUAGUCAGCUUUAUUGUAUUGCUACUGUCUAAUCAUAUGCUCAGGUGAAAGUUUGUUAUUCGACCCUGGUUUCUUCUCGCUUAAUAAAUUACCAUUAGAGAUGAAGAAAAACGAGUCAGCUCCUCUUUCACUGUUGAAGCAGCUGAGGCUCAUCAUGUAUUAAUUUAAUUCUAUAAUAUGCUAUGGAUGGUUGCUAAGUGACAAUCUAGCUGUCGGCGCCCCGGAUCAGACCCCACUGAGCAGAGAUACUGUGAGUGCCAAAACUUCGCUGACUUCCCGCAGCCAGCAUGAAGCAUGUUUAGCACCCUUUUGCGUCCAACAUUAACGCCAUAGGCGGGAUCGAGGCCCCGUUGGAACUAUGGUGUAGUCACGAUGAUUGGCUUGCACUUUCUCUUCCACUUCCAUGUGUCAGUCAUCGGCGAUGCUCCCCUUUCCCGGAGUUUUGAGGACCAUCGCUGCUGCAGGGCGUUUAAUUUUCGGUGUGGAAACUGCUGCUUGAUCUCCCACCAACGCCAGCCGCGCGUCUUCAGAUCCUUUAGUCGCUCAUCUUCACCCUGGGUCCACCGAGAUCUCUUCUUGUCCAGCUCCGCGGUCCCUGGAUCCUUGUCCACACUUUCGGUGUCGACCUCAGCUACCUCACCAUCCAUGGCACGCUCGGCGUCCGUUGAAGGAUUCCUACGGAGGUCGAGGAGCCUUUGAGCAAAGGCAGACACCAGCGCGGAAAUGUCCUCUGGGGAUAACAGCCGCGGGCUAAAAGUAUGCUCGGAGCCGCCGGCGGGUGCCACCGGCGGGUGCCACCGGACCGCAGCGUGUGCACCAUUCGUGAUCCACGCGUGUGGAGCUUAUAGAGUGCUCCGUGGCAGCCACUGAUCGCCCGCUGCGAGGCGCCCGCUUGACCUCUUGAUGAUGCCCAACGGCUCGCGCACCCCGAGAUCGAGAUUGUGGUCGACAUGAUGUGGUAGCGGCUGACCGUGAGGAAAUCUUGCGCCGCUUUGAUUGCUGCUUCACUGAAUCACCGCCGUCGCUACUCGCGGUGUAAUCUCCGUCCGAAUCAUCAGAGGGAUCAGUCGUGCCGGUUAUGUCCCACUUCCCCCAGUUGUCAUCUGUAGGCUGUGUGGGGCUACCGGGAAGAUGACGGUCCUCAAUCAAAAUUUUACGCUUUGAUUUUGACCGGGUGUUCCGUUGGUGGGUCCCGGGGUCAUGCUGUGCACUUUCGUUCCCCUUGAUUUUUUCCGGGUCUUCUCGAUGGCAAUGGGAGAUGGAUGGAAUCACAACCGCGACCAUAGACUCCAUAGACUCCAUUGACCCGACAUCGGAUCGGCGGUACCGUCCCGUGAAGGGAGAUUGGCAUUGCCCAGUGUUGCAGGCGUAGGCGUCAGCGUCAGUCUUGCCCUUAUGUUGAUCCAGUUUCACAGAGUGAGCCACCAACAUGGCAGAAGUAGAAUCUGCAUUCUCAUCUGAGGAUGCGGAGCCCCACUGUGCUGUAGUGCUACUCUUAGUACUGAUGUCUGUUUCUACAAACAUGUGUGAGGAACAUAGGCCUGUAAUUAAAGGAAUGCGGUGCAGACUCACCUUGGCUGCCAUGUGGGGAUUCUUGAUUGAGUGUUUCAUCUUGCUCCCUAUUCAACUCCAACAAGUGAGGUUGCUCCUCUGAUGCCGACAGAGGAUUCGAUUUACCGUUUCUGGUGAGUGGUUCCGCCAACGAAGCGGAUUGGGUCGUAAUGGAGCCCAGGAACAACUCCAGACUAGGUGAGGCUUCAUUCGUCUUCUCCUGGCAUCGAUCCUCAUUCCUCUUGUGAAAAUCUGGAAGGAGAUCUGGAUUAGAGAUGCAAGAAGCCCAGAACGUUCGACGCCCUUGGAAGAGAAGAAGGGACAACGAAGAAACCAAUAAGCCUACCUAUGGGAUCAUGUCUUGCAUCGUACGGGUGCGGCCGCGAAUCUAGAGUGAUGAUGUCGCCACAAGAAGUGAUGUCAGUGGUCAAGUCCACAAAGCUCUUGCUGUCGAGGCCUUCGGCAAUUCCAUUCUCUAUAAAGGCCUUAUCGAAAUCGUUCAGCACAAUAGCCUGUGCCAGAUCUUGGCCGUUGCGGCCGCCUUGAAGUGGGGCGCACGGUGGGACACUGGAAGGGGGACGGCUGGGUAGGGGAUGUGGUUUCAGUGAUACAGGGUGCAUGGGCUGAGUCUGGAGAGAUACAGAUGUAGAGUAUGGAGGGGGGUUGGCGACAUUAGGACGGCCAGGUAGGCAGAAGGGGAAGAGGGAGAGGGGAUGGAGAGGCCUGGGGGGUUUGAGAGGGAGUGUUGUGGGUGUAGAGCAUGGAGGGCGAAAGUGAUCGGGAUGGGCUUGAAAGGUUUUACGUUCUGGCUGAGAGGGGGUAUAGUUGAUGAACUCCAUGGGGGCCAAAUGAUAUUCACCUGCUCUGAAAUGGUCUCACGGGCUGUUUGGUUCAAUCUCGCUGGUGAGGUUCACAAUUUUGCGGGAGGAAGAAGGCCAUCUAUAUAGCAGGUUCAGAAGUGCGGCACUCACUGGCUCAAUGCAGAGCAAGAUGGCUUGAGCUUCACUGUGCCAAAGGAGCGGGUGCCAUUUUCUGACCCAAACCAGCGCAUGGCAUGAGCUAAGCCGACCAAGAACCGUCUCCCCAACCACAUUCGAAAAGCACGGCGAGCCCAUCUUAGCAGCCUCUCACACUGCGAACGGCAUAUGUAACUCCCUAAUGCAACCUGAGCAAGAAGAAGGCAGCGCCAGGAUGAUCAUAAUCUAUUAAGAAACCCCAAAUGAUGCCUAGAUUGGCUACAACAAUCCAUUUCACUGCAGAUAUAGGAACAUGACUAAAUUACAUGUGAGUUCUGUGGUGAGGAUAACCAGCAGGGGUCGAUGUUGCAAGGCAUACCAGCCGAUACCAUCCAGCUUGCGCAGCCCGCUAACACCUCAUCAUCCAAGCUUAAGCUUCGCCUCCAGCAAGGAAAUUGAAUAUGUCGUCGCCCUUGCAGGGGAUAAGGGAUGCAGGUGGCGGUGAGCCGGCCCACCGUUUGUCAAGAGGAGGAGGGAUACAGGCGUCAGGGUUCGGCGAUCGCCGAUGAAGAGGGGGGAACAAGGGAAGGCUGACAUUGGAAAGGAAAACGAGGUAGAAAGUGCGUGCACAAGAGAGGGAAAGGGGAGCAUCUUAUAUAGUUGCGAUGGGUGACGUCGAUAACGGGCCACAGGCCACAGCAGCAAGAGCAAGCGCGCGCCAUCCCCGAACAGGCGGCGCCAAACCGAAAUCGGACAUGCCAGACCCCGAACAUGCAAAUCGAAAUUCUCCUUAUAAGUGAUUUUGUUAUAAUAAUAAUUAUCAUGUCAUUUCAACAGAUAUAUAACAGUUUGAAAAUUCUGCUAUAGUUCUAUUUUUACAUAUCAAAUAUCAAUGAAAAAUGAAUUUUAAUGAG